AUGCGCCGCAACGAACAAUUCCGACCGGGACGUGAACCCCUAUCCGACCACCCAAGUCUCACCCUCCGCCGCAGCCAUGUCUCAGGACCCUUCUCAUUCCUAAAUCCCACCUGGGCGCGGUACGCGCCCACCCCAGCCCCUGGCCAGACCAAGCCCGGAACCCUGGCACAGGAAGAGGAACAGCAACAACAAGAACCAGAACCGGACACGAGCGCACCAACACCACCAAAGCAGACACGCUCAAUUGAACACCUCUGGCGCUCACGCGAUAAUCGCAAGGGACGGCAUGCGCUGAAAGUGGACUACCGCGCCCCGACGAAAGAAACGGGAUACGUCGUCCCACCACCGACGACGACGCUUCGAGCUGUAGCGCGGGGAAUCCUGCGGAUGGUGACGUGCGCGCCUGUCUGGGAUGUAUCGUGGCUUGUAGCUGUGACGUUUACGCUUGGAUCGGUGAUUUGGAUUAUCAAUGCCUUUUUCGCGUGGUUACCACUCGUUGACCCGGAGACGGAGUUCUCGGGUGAAGUUUUGCUGGGUGGGGGGAUAAGCGCGUUUAUCGGCGCAACGGUGUUCGAGGUUGGGAGUGUGCUUUUGCUGCUGGAGGCUGUGAAUGCUAAUCAGACUGGUUGUUUUGGGUGGGCGUUGGAAACGGAGUUGAGUAAGGUUGAGCAGAAUCGUGCGGAUCGGAGGGUUACCAGCGUGAAGACUAGCCAGGACGAGUGUCGGCAUCACCAUGUGAAUAGGAGGAAUCUUGUCGGGCUUGGGAGACACUUGUCUCAUCAGUUCUCUCGUGAUCUUUCGAAUGGGUAUACGACUUCUUCGUCGGAUGGCAGGUCUUUUCGCUGGUUGCCGUCUUGGACUGAGUUGCGGACGCAUUAUCUCCACGAACUCGGCUUCUUGGCAUCUCUGAUUCAGUUCUUCGCCGCUACCAUUUUCUGGAUCGCUGGUUUCACUGGUCUCCCCGGGAUCAUUGAUCAUAUGAGUCAACGAGUGACGAAUGGCGUCUACUGGGUUCCUCAGAUAGUUGGCGGAGUUGGCUUCAUUCUCAGCGGAUUGCUGUUUACACUCGAGACGCAGGAGAAGUGGUACCGACCGGCUUUUCAUGUCCUUGGCUGGCACAUUGGAGCCUGGAACUUUAUCGGUGGCAUUGGUUUCACUCUUUGCGGUGCACUGGGGCCAGCGAGCAGUGCUUCUGGUGUCGCGUAUCAAGCUUCGCUGGCUACUUUUUGGGGAUCGUGGGCAUUCAUGAUUGGAUCAACGAUACAGUGGUAUGAGAGUCUGGAAAAGUAUCCAGUCGAGAAGAAACGCGGUGAUGAUGCAUCGAUACAGAGCGACGAGUAA